AUGGCUCCAACUACUAAGAAAAACAACAAGCGUUCUGCAUCUCAGACAUCUAAACCAGCUGCUAAAAAGGCUAAAAUUCCAGUUGAAUCAUCUUCAGAAGAUGAUGAACUUGACAACAACAGCUCUUCUGAUGUCGAUGAUUUGGAUGAAAUUGUAUCCGAUGAUAGUGAUGAUCAAUCUAUGUCUGAACAAGAAGAUGGUAGUGACGAAGAAACAUCUACUGAACCAAAAGGAGAAGGUGAAGGAUCCGAUAACCAUACAGAACAAAGAAAGCUUCUAAAGGAGAGAAAAUUGCAAAGAAGAUCUGGUUCUGAAAUUCAACAGAUUAAAAAUGUUUGGGAAAGAUUACGUGUAAAGUCUCCACCCCUACCAAAAGAAAUCCGUGAGAAGUUGUGUAAUGAAAUAUGGGAACUUUCCAAAGAACAUUUCAGUGAUUUGAUUCUAAAGCACGAUGCUUCACGUAUCGUUCAAACUUUGAUCAAAUAUUCUUCGAAGGAACGUCGUGAAGAGAUUAUUAAUGCCUUGGUAGGAAAAUACUAUGUUUUGGCAACUUCAUCCUAUGGUAAAUAUCUUUUGGUUAAAUUAUUACAUUAUGGUACUAAGAACUCUAGACAGGUAAUAAUUAAUGAAUUGCAUGGUAACUUGAGAAAAUUGAUGAGACACAGAGAAGGUGCUUAUGUGGUGGAGGAUUUAUAUGUUCUAUACGCUACCAACGAACAAAGAAAUCAAAUGAUCAGAGAAUUUUGGGGUUCUGAAUAUGCUGUAUUCAGAGAUGAUCAUAAAGAUUUAAAGAUUGAAGAUAUUUGUAAUAGUAGUGUUGAAAAAAGAAAUAUCAUCUCUAAGAAUCUUUUGGGUACCAUUACUGCAUCUGUUGAAAAAGGUUCUACUGGUUUCCAAAUUUUGCAUGCAGCUAUGAGAGAAUUUGUUAAGAUCGCUGAUGGUCCUCAAAUAAGUGAAAUGAUUGAAUUAUUACAUGAACAAUUUGCUGAAUUGGUUCACACACCAGAAGGUGCCGAUGUUGCAUGUACAUUGAUUUCAAAGGCUUCCGCUAAAGAAAGAAAGUUAAUUCUAAGAUCAUUAAAGGAGCACGCUGACAAAUUGAUUCCAAACGAACAUGGUCACAUGGUCUUUAUUAACAUUUUGAUGGUUGUUGAUGAUACUGUUCUAGUUUUCAAGACUUUUGGUGCUGCCAUCAAGGAUGCUUUUGCUGAUUUUGCAACAGACAAAUACGGUAGAAGACCAUUGAUCUACUUAUUAAUGGGCCUAAGCGGUAGAUAUUUCUCCCCAAUUAUUAAAAAGGAAUUGGAACGUUACUUUGAAAUGGCUUCUAAGACUUCAAAGAAGGAUCCUGUUGUUAGAAAACAAGAAUUGGUUGAAAAAUUCUCUAAUAUCUUACUAAAUGGUGUAGGUACUAAAUAUGCCACUAUUCUGCCAGAUAAUCUAGGUUCUCAAUUCUUCUCAGAGUUGUUAACUUGUGAUGAAUUUUACGGUCAAUUGGACGAAAAAAAUGUUGUUAAAUUUGAAGAAAUCCUAAAUAGUGUUACUGUCUACUUCAAAGGUGACGUUACAGAGGAGAAACAUCCAAUACACGAUGCGUUCUCUACUAGAUUUUUAAAGAGUUUAAUCAGCGGUGGUAAAUGGAACAAUAAGGAAAAGAAAAUCAUCCCAUUCGAACAUAUUAAAGAGUUAGGUGUACCUUUUGCUAUUAAAUUUUACGAUGAAAUAAUCGACUCUACUAAUCUUCUUGUGUGGAUCAAUGAGAAAGAUUGCUCCUUCACAAUUGUUGCAUUAUAUGAAACUUUGAACGGCACUGAAGAAGGUAAGCAAUUUGUAAAGGAUUUGAAGUCUGUUAAGAAGAACAUUACUACUGAGGCUUCUAACAAAGGUGCUCAACUGUUACUAAAACUGAUGAAAUGA